ACCAAAACCAAACCAAACAACAAACCCAAAACCCCAGACCCCGACCGCCCCACUCCAAACCCCACAGCAGCCUCCACCACCGCAGCCCCGCGCCGCAGCCGCGCUCCCCGCUGCCCACCGCGCCCGCCCGGCGGGGAGCGCCGCCCGCCCGGCCAUGGAGCGCUGCUGAGCGGCCCCCGGGGCCAGCGGGGCGGACCAUGAACCUGGUGGGGGGCUACCAGCACCACCACCACCACCACCAUCACCACCACAUGCUGCACGACCCUUUCCUUUUCGGGCCCGCGGCGCGGUGUCACCAGGAGCGCACCUACUUCCCCGGCUGGGUGCUCAACCCGGCCGAGGGGACCCCCGAGCUCGCCGGGCAGAGCCCGAGCUACGGCCCCGCCGAGUACGGCCCGGCCGGCCCGGGGCGGCUGGAGGCUCUCAGCGGCCGCCUGGGACGGCGAAAAGGAGUCGGGGGACCCAAGAAGGAGCGGCGGAGGACGGAGAGCAUCAACAGCGCCUUCGCAGAGCUCCGUGAGUGCAUCCCCAACGUGCCCGCCGACACCAAGCUCUCCAAGAUCAAGACCCUGCGCCUGGCCACCAGCUACAUCGCCUACCUGAUGGAGGUGCUGGCCAAGGACAGCCAGCCCGGGGACACCGAGGGCUUCAAAGCCGAGCUCAAGAAGGCCGACAGCAGGGAGAACAAGAGGAAAAGGGAGACGCAACCCGAGGUCUACUCGCAGCCUCUGGGUCACGGCGAGAAGAAGCUGAAGGGCCGAACGGGUUGGCCCCAGCAGGUCUGGGCUCUGGAACUGAACCCCUGAGGGCUGUCCCGGCGCCCCGACGGCGCUCCCCGCUCGCCCCUCCAUGUGCAAUGUCGGAGAUCCUGGCCUGGCCCCGGAGUCCAUCCAGGCGCAGGAUGCGGGGACCUGGCCUGGCCGCCCCCCUCCCGGACGGAUGCUCCGCGGGAGAGAGGCGAGAGCGCUUUGCGGGGCCGGGUCCUGCUCGCCCCGCCGGCAGCGGGGACCGGCCGGGCCCUUUCCCCGUCGCUCCUUCCCCCGUUUGCAGUAAUCGUUGCUCCUUCCCGCUGCCAGCAGCGAUCGGCGGCUCCUGCCCCCCUGGGUCGGGCUAAAACGGUUCGAUUCGUUUGCUGUUGUAAAUACGAGUCCCCGACCCCUUCCCGACCC